CCAAAUCAUUCAUAUACUACUGUAUUAUCAUCAUCCAGGCCAUGAUGCCAUGUCUUGGAUGAUAUAGCUAUUUGUUGGGGUCUUAGCAGUGCUUUAGGAAUUAAGCUGUCAUAUGGUGGUGGGGAGGAGGGAUUGGAAGAAACUGAUACUGAAGUGCUUUUUGUGGUAUUUGCUGGAGUUAUAUUGCUAUGAGGAAGUUGGAAUAUGGUUUCUUUGAAAUUUGGGGGCAUUGUUUUUGAAGUAUGACUUCAGUUAUAAAAUCUAGUUUGCAUUAAAAUAUUUUAAAAAAUAUUUUAAAAUAUUGAACUAGGUAAAGGUUUUAGAUUAGUUUUCAAAAUUAACUUUAAAAUACAUUAUAGUAUAAAAACCCCAAGAUAAUUUUGGAUUUUGAUCUCUGUCUUCCUUACGUAGUUUGGUGUUUAAAAUGAGUGAAUUUGUUUUUGAUAGGGAAAACUUGGCUGUUGGUGACUUUAAUUUAGGGUCUAAUGUCAGCCUGGCAAAAAUUAAGCAGGACCAGAAACUGAUUGAAGAAAAUGAAAAGCUUAAAACAGAGAAAGAGGUUCUUCUUGAAAGGUAUACGGCAUUGGAAUUGAAAGUAGAACAGACUGCCCAGGAGCUACAGCAAGAGAAAGCGACUAUGAUGGAUUUGACUAAACAUUUAGAGAGCACUCUGAAGACUCAUGUAGGUACCAGAAUGAAAAAUCUGGCAGCUAAGGUUGAACUAUUGAAAGAAAUUAGACGUGUCAAUAUCAGCGUUCGUUUUGGAAAUGACCUUUCGAAUGCUAUACAAGUGUUGGAAGAAGACUGCUUUACUACCCCAGCUUCUUUGAAUGAAUUAGAGCUAAUUUGGGCAGAAUACAGUCUGGCUCAGGAGAAGAUUCAAACUUGUCAGAAUAUGAACGAAGGGACUGUUUUGAUUGCCAAAAGAAAUGAAGUGCAACAGAAGCUGUAUGUGGCAGUAGAAGCUUUUAUUCUGGAAGUAGAUGAGUUACCUCUUACUAAACGCUUGAAAACAUUGCAGGAUUUGUCAGCCUCUUUAGAAGCAGUAUAUGGACAGGCCAAAGGGACAGACUCUGAAGAAAUACUUCAGAAAUUUUAUGACUGGAAGUGUAAUAAAAGAGAGGAAUUCACCAAUGUUAGAAGUGAAACAGAGGUUUCUCUACAACAUCUUACAGCGUGGUUCCAGAGUACCUUAAAGGCCUUUGAUCUAUCUGUGGAAGAAUCACUGACUGAAGACACAAUUGAUAAUAUUGAUGAAAUCCUAGAGAAGACUGAGUCAAGUGUCUGCAAAGAGCUGGAGAUAUCUCUGAUUGAACAAGGUGCUGCAGACAAGGAGAUUAUUUCAAAUACAUAUAGUCAAGUUCUACAAAAGAUCCGUUCAGAAGAAAGGCUUAUUGCCUCAGUACAGUCCAAGUACAAGGACAGUGUUGAGUUUAAGAAGCAGAUUACUGAAUAUUUAAAUAAGAGCCUCAAUGUGGAUCAUUUGCUGUCCAUUAAAAAAACACUGAAAAGCUUAAAGGCUCGACUGAGAUGGAAAUUGGUUGAAAAGAAUAAUUUGGAAGAAUCUGAUGACCAUGAUGAAGCUGAGAUUGAGAAAAUAAAACAAGAAGUAACUCAAUUGCGCAGUAGUGUCUUUCAGGAAAUUUAUCAUGAGCAGGAGGAAUAUGAGAAGCUGAAUAGUUUGGUGCAGAAAUGGUUCCCUGAGCUUCCUCUGCUUCAUCCUGAAAUAGGGUUACUUAAGUACAUGAACUCUGGUGGUCUUCUUACUAUGAGCUUGGAAAGGGAUCUUCUUGAUGCUGAGCCCAUGAAGGAACUUAGCAGCAAGCGUCCUUUGGUAUGUUCUGAGGUUGACGGGCAGAUAAUUCUUUUAAAGGGCUAUUCUGUGGAUGUUGACACAGAAGCCAGGGUAAUUCAGAGAGCAGCCGCCUAUCACAGAGCUUGGAGAGAAGCUAAAAAAGAGUCUGGGUUACUACCAUUGAUGUUCCUAUUUUUGUGUAAGUCUGAUCCUAUGGCUUAUCUGAUGGUUCCAUACUAUCCUAGGGCAAACCUGAGUGCUGUUCAAGCCAGUAUGCCUUUAACUUCACAAGAAGUCUUAAAGGUCAUGAAAGGUGUUGCCCAGGGCCUGCAUACAUUGCACAAGGCUGACAUAAUUCAUGGAUCACUUCAUCAGAACAAUGUAUUUGCUUUAAACCGUGAACAAGGAAUUGUUGGAGAUUUUGACUUCACCAAAUCUGUGAGUCAGCGAGCCUCAGUGAACAUGAUGGUUGGUGACUUGAGUUUACUGUCACCUGAGUUGAAAAUGGGAAAACCUGCUUCUCCAAGUUCUGACUUAUAUGCUUAUGGCUGCCUAUUACUGUGGCUUUCUGUUCAAAAUCAGGAAUUUGAGACAAAUGAGGAAGGAAUUCCAAAGGUGGAUCAGUUUCAUUUGGAUGAUAAUGUCAGAUCCCUCCUUUGCAGCUUGAUCUAUUGUAGAGGUUCAGUGACUGCUGAACAAGUUGUAAGUGCUGAAUGUUUUGUGCUACCAAAGGAGACAUCAUCUCCAAACUCAGAAGAAGAUACUGAAUAUUCCCAAAAGAAAGAGGAAGAAGAAUUAAAGGUGGAGAGCUCGGAUUAACAUAAGGAAAAGACAAGAAAUGGUGAAGCGAACUUUGAUUGAUAGAUUAGUGUUAUUUUGUUGUUGCAGAUGUUCCUUUUAAAAACUUUUUUUAGUUUGGUUAAAUAAACAUAAAAAGUCUGGAAGUGUUCUGGAGCUAGUUGGGUUGUGUCUUUGGUAUUCUAGUUCUGAAAAAUAAAAGAUGUUUGGCUAUGCAAAAAAAA